GUUGACGCAAAACGCCACAAACCAAGAUGCUCCGACGCGUUCCGAACCUUCCUGGCGUCCUGCGCCACUUCGCCGGCCCCCGCUGGACGCGGGCGUACAUCACGACGAUCGACAUUCCGAUCCCGUCCAUGGGUCCUUCGAUCCACCAUGGGCUCGUGCUCAAGUGGGCCAAGCAGGUCGGUGACGCCGUGGCUGCCGACGACGUCGUCGCUGUCUUUGAGACUGACAAGGUCACCAUCGACUUGCGAUCGCCGCAAGCCGGUGUGAUUGCCAAGCACCUCGUCGAGACCAACGUCCGCGUGCCAAUUGGGUCGCCGCUCUUUCGUCUGACGCAAGGGUUGCCCCACACGACGUCACCCGAGGCGCUUGCUGCCUGCCUCACCGUGCCCGUGCCGCACCUGGGCGAGACUGUUGCUAACGCCACCAUUGUCGAGUGGGUCAAGUACGAAGGCGACCGCGUUCUUGCCGAUGACGUUGUUCUUGUGCUCGAGACUGACAAGGUGUCGGUCGACGUCUGCGCACCGGUUGCCGGCGUCAUCCGGCGUGGGCUGGCCAACGUCAAUGAUGUUGUCCACGUCGGCGGGCCCCUCUUUGUCUUGGCGCCAGAGGUUUCGACAAAGGACGGAAGCGAUGCCGCUGCGUAGCCACCGGGCCAGUUGUAUGACAUAAAUGUACCGUUUGCUUGGUUGUGUGGCGCCACGAGGUAACCUUUAACGUAACCUUUAAGACGUGCAGCGCGGAGAUCUUCUUAUUCCCUAAGAAUAGUUCCGCAUGGCUUGAUCUACGC